AAGCGAGGUUAUUCACUUUCUCCCUCCUCAGUGCGUUCUGAACCUACAACUGAAAUCCAGCAUAAAGUUGUAAAGCUUUUCUUCCUCACUUAUACUACCCACUUCGAGCAUCAGAGAUUGGAAGCUCUUCAUAUACUUACUCUCUAACUGAACCCGUUUGUUUGCCUAAAACGCCUUAAUCAGUCUCUUGCUAGCCAUUGGACAUUACACGGCAAAAACAUCUUUCUCAGCUCUUGUUUCAUCUCUGGCCAAUCGGUGAUAGGUUGGCGUGAAGAAUCCUCAACUCUGGGUUUCCACCAUAGUUUUUUCAUCACCCACAAGAUACAUGGAAGUAAUGCUAACUUUAUCUGCUUCCGGUAUAUGAGCCACUCUGAAAAACUGUUAGACAUCGAACACGUUGGCCUAAGGCCUUCCUUGGAACUCCGAGCACCAUUGAAGGCCUUAGGCUCAGGGUUCCAAACCUCUGGUCUCCCCCUGCGCUCUCAAACCUGUCGAGAGAAUUUUGAAUAACUCAUUAUAAUAGUAAGCUGCAAUCGGAGAAAAAAGCCUAUCUAUAAAGUGUUCCGUGAAAGGGAACAGGACUGAGAGCUGGGAAACAGGAUUCGUCAAAUAGCGGUAUCCUAAUCCCGCGUCUAUGGCCAAACCAUGCUCCCCCGGGGCCCCCUUACUCUUAUUUUUAUGCUUAUUUAACUAACCUCUCUCUUUCUAGUUUCUUAGAUAAGAAUUACGAAUGCUAAGGACCCUUGGAAAUGUGUUUAGAAAACCAGCCGAAAAGAUAAAAUAGGAAAACGGAUAUGACUUAUCGAUCCUAUACAGAGAAGGAGAAGCAAAGAAGAUCGAAGGCUUAGCUAACAGCUCUUUUAGUCUCAAUCUAGCUGAAACUCUAUGACACUUUUUCAAAAACCGUUUAACCGCUGGUUUGACCAAAUUCCAUACUGAAGCACCAAUUCACUGAUAUUGAAAGCGCCUUUUGUCAAACAGUUGGCAUGUAUCUAAAGGACACCUCUUCCCACACCCACGGCUGGCAGAAUCAAGGCUCUGAUACCAUGUUUGUAACAUCUCUUUUGGAGCAGCCCCUUUGUGUCUCCCAACCAAUUCAAGACAGCAACUAAUAAGACAGCCAAAUCAACUGAGUAGAAACCCAACAGACCUUUGUUGGCAGUUUGCCACCAAAUUUGAUAGAUCAAAUGUCCAAUGCAAGCUCUGCGGCAACAAGUACUCAGGCGAGAAAAAUGGAAAAUAAGAUUGAAAUUCCACUUGGCAUGUUUGGCUGGAAAUAACAUCGCCAUAUGCCAAAAUUCUACAGAAUUGGCCAAAGAGCUUUCUCGAGGAUCCCCUUCACUAAUAAAGAAGGCAAUAAAAGAGAAACAAAUGAGGAAGAGUGCUUUAUUUGAAAUUAGGAUUGGCCAAAAAAAGGAAUUUAUUUUCGGUGGGAGUGGAUCUAGUUGAUGUAACAGAGGAGCCUAGCCUAGAGAGGGCAGGGCUGUCGUACGGAGGAUUUUGAUGACAGUGGUAUUGGGGAAUCUUUGCGGAGCGGUCUCUCUGCAUCAGGCGCUACGAGAAAAAGAAGUUGAGUCUCUUUUUUCCUUCUUUUGAAGAAAACAGUAGUACAACCCUCGAUGAAAUCAGUAUUUUCGCAGAGGUUGCAUGCAGCGGCUAGGAGAGCUAUUGGGAGGUUCUUCCUAUAUGAAGACAUAAGCUUUUAUGCAGUUUGGGACAAUUCAUACUACCAGCCUAUGUUUAUGCUGUAGCAGUUUGUGGUGCGGGCUUCAAAGGCCCCUCAUAGUUUGAGAUGCGCACUACCAUUAGGAGUAGAAAGGAAGACCCCGAGAAGGAAUUUUCAACUAUAAGAAACCUCACUUAAGAAGAAGUAGUUGAAGCUGGGCUCCGAACUAUGAGAGUUUGCUUUUGUUUUAUGUUUCUAAGAGCAGUCUAUCUGAUCAAAUAAGGGAUCAGACCGCUCCUGGUGUUCGAACUAGUCAUUAAUGGUCGGCUUCAUUGGUAUCCUUUCGGUAUGCAUUGCGAACACUUUCAGUUUUAGCGUCUUAUCUUCUUUAGAGAAGUGAAACUCGAACGGAUAGAGCUGAUGGUCCAACUACAUAACUUUUUCUUUUUUAUUAUUUUUAUGGUCGUGCCUCGUGGCACGGCAGCACCCGUACUAUUGAAAUGGUUCGUCAGUAGAGAUGUUUCCACGGGUGCCCCUUUUUCCAAUGGUACUAUAAUUCCUAUUCCUAUCUCUUCAUUCCCUCUUUUGGUCUAUCUACAUUCCAGGAAAUUCAUACGCUCCAUGGACAGAGCAAAAAGUGGAGUCUUGGUCAGAGCAAGCCGCCCUAUUCUAUUACCAGACAUAAUUGGGAGAAGCUCAUCCGAUACUAGAGCUAGAAACGCCUUAUUUCGUUUCGUUCCUGUUCUUCAUUUUCUUCUUCUCGAAUCCAAGGGGGACUUCUCAUAUUUAGAAUCUUUCUGCGGUGUGCUCCGUUUACUAUUCUUUCGUACUUUC